ACUUUCUGCCGGUUCCGGAAAAGGACGAGCGCGUGAUCCGAUUGGUAGGGAAGUGCACAUGGUGAAUCACGUGGUACAUCAUAUGACUAUAUCCGUGUGACUUUAUAUUGUAGAGCAUUGUACUUGCAUUACAACUUGUAGGGAUAAUUUUAGUGUCCCACCAAUACUUAGCAAGAUGAGGUCGGUUUUGAUUAUCCCCUGUCUACUUUUCAUCACAGCAUGUGCCUCUGCAUUUCAAAGAAUUAAACUACAUAAGGUUGAUAAAACAGUUCGACAGACUCUACUGGAGAAAGGAACCACAUCAGAUUACGUGAAAAGGAUAUAUAGUCGCUAUCAGACAGGCCCUGAACCUGAACCUCUGUCAAAUUAUAUGGAUGCUCAAUACUAUGGUGUGAUUGAAAUUGGAACACCACCUCAAGAAUUCAAAGUGAUCUUUGACACCGGUUCAUCAAAUCUCUGGGUUCCAUCAAAGAAAUGCAAACUGUCUGAUAUUGCUUGUUUGUUACAUAGUAAAUACGAUAGCACAAAGUCAUCCACCUACAAAGCUAAUGGAACAUCAUUUGAGAUUCGAUAUGGAACUGGAAGCUUGAAGGGAUUUCUCAGCACUGACACUGUUACGAUUGGAAACAUCAAAGUACAGGGUCAGACAUUUGCUGAGGCAACAGAACAGCCGGGUAUCACAUUUGUGGCAGCCAAGUUUGACGGGAUUCUGGGAAUGGGCUUCCCUGAAAUCUCUGUUGACCAUGUGGUACCAGUCUUCAAUAACAUGGUCACUCAAAAGCUAGUUCCAUCACCUGUUUUCUCCUUUUACUUGGACAGAAAUCCUAGUGGUAAAGAGGGAGGAGAGCUGAUUUUGGGAGGCAGUGACCCCAAAUUCUACUCUGGUAACUUCACGUAUGUAAAUGUGACUAGAGAUGGGUACUGGCAGUUCAAUAUGGAUGGAGUUAAAGUCAAUGGUAAGGAGUCUAAAUAUUGCUCUGGUGGAUGCAAAGCUAUCGCUGAUACCGGCACCUCUCUCCUGGCGGGACCCUCCUCAGAAAUCAAGUCCCUCAAUGAAAUGAUUGGAGCUAAACCAUUUGCAGCAGGAGAGUACACAGUUGACUGCGCAAGCAUUCCAAAGUUGCCACCAGUAAGCUUCACAUUAAAUGGAAAAGAUUUCACUCUCCAAGGCAAAGACUAUAUAUUGACUGUAUCUGAAAUGGGUCAAUCAAUUUGCCUCAGUGGAUUUAUAGGUUUGGACAUUCCGGCUCCAGCUGGUCCACUAUGGAUCCUUGGCGAUGUUUUCAUCGGUGCUUACUACACAGAAUUUGACAUGGGCAAAAACCGAGUUGGCUUUGCCAGAACCCGUAACUAAAUUGCAGUUUGUUUUGUGUAGAGUUGUCACAAACCAACUCCGUUGUUGCAGUUUGAAGUUGUGGAACAGAUCUUGAUAAACAGUUAUGAAUUGAAAUGCUAGCUGGGCUAACAUUGUAUUUCUUGAAUCUCUCAUUUCUUAUUAUUUGAAAUUUGCCCCACCCCCUCCCCACCCCCACCCAAAAAAAACCCAACCCAUAAAAAAAAAAUCAAGUGAAGUCAGAUAUUUAAAUAUCAAAUUAUUGAUGUCUCUGUAGAAAUAUGCAAGGAUCUGUUGGCAAAAUGAAAACAGAUGGUGAAUGAGCUUACAUUCCAAUUGAUACAUACAAUGUAUGGCAAAAUAUAAAAAUCGGACAACGAUUGUAGAUAUCCGUACCCUUGAUUUACGUUUCAUUACAUACAUGAAUUUAGUUCUGUUGCACAUGUGUGCAUUAAUGAACAUUUUAACAGUAUAGACUACUUAUCUCUUUUUCACCAUCUGCUUUUAACAGCUUUCUGUACUAACAGAACUUUUUUCUGCUUUAUAUAGAAGUGCCUAUAGAUUUGGUGUUUGGGGUAGACUGUGCUGCACCGGAAAUCAUGCUGUACUCUCUCCACAUUUAAUAGUCGAUAGUUUCCUAAUUUUUUAUUUGAUUUACUUUUACAGUGCAUGCAACUUUGCGUCCUUUCAGGCAUUAAAGUGAAAUAUUAAAAUGCACAUUGACUUCAGAGUUUGAAAGUCAAAUUAAAACCAAAAUUUAUCAUAAAUAUUGGUUAUUGUCUCAAAGUUUGCAAAGCCACUUCAUGUUUAUGGUUUCAGUUUAUUUAUUUACUAUUAACAAAGGGUACUUUAUGCCUCCUCCUUUCUAUCUAUCUUUCUCUCUCUCACAGGAGUUAAAGACACUUUUGAUGGUUUUGAAUGCAUUUACAUUCAGGUGCAAUCUAAUUGAAAUUAUGUAUAAGAUCCCUCAGUUAUGCGAGCAGAUCUAACAUCUAAUUUGAAUUGGAUUGAUACAGGAAAGUAUGCUUGGAGGCAUUGGGAGUACGUUUUAUAAAGUAUAAAAUUGAGGCACUUCAUGCAUAUCUCUGUUAUUGUAUGCUUCCAUUAACUUCUAUGAUUUCAUCUCGUUGUGUACUUAAUUCGGUGUAGGUUGCUUUUUAUCUUAGUACCACACAUGCUAUUUUGAUUAUAACUAAGCAAAUAACAAAUGAUAUCCAUACCGGAUUAACAUACCUGUGAUGAAAUCCACCCAUCCUCUGAAAUUAAUUCCUCUUUGAUAUUUAAGCGUAUUGUACAUUUAUGUAAAUAUAGUAUCAUAUAAUCAUGUACAUAUAUGCUCAAUGCAGUAGCUUUAGAAAGGAUAUGACAAUUUCUCGAGAGUUUUAGAGAAACAUGUUCAAUAGUUUUUUAUUCUAUGUACAGUAUCACUGUUAAAAUUGUCCUUUUCCCUAUCAAAUUGGUUGUUCUUUAUGAAACUCUCUGGAAAUCAUAUCUUACCGCAUAUUAUGCAUUUGAGUAAAAAAUGUAGUUGUAGUACUAAGUACUAGUUAAUCAAGCUUUGCAUUUGCUGAAUGUAGUGAGUGAAAUUUAGCAUGACGAUGAUCUGCACGGUUAUAUUUUUGUGUUUUAUGUGGAAUAUGAUAUGCUUUAUGCACCUUGUUACUAUAAUCAUAGAAACUCUGCUUAUAGCAUCUCUUCUAACCUGACUUCACUCAUUAACUAGGUCUCACAACAAGGCCAGACUAUUUGUUUGAGCGGUUUCAUUGGUCUUGACGUGCCACCUCCCGCGGGUCCCCUGUGGAUUCUGGGUGAUGUUUUCAUUGGUCGAUUUUACACCGAGUUCGAUCUAGGAAACAACAAAGUUGGCUUUGCCGAUGUUGUCAGCCCAUGAGAAGCAGAAAUAUACCACGGGUAUAGGAGAUUGAAAUUAGAAUACAAUUGAGUUGUUUAAUUAAUGCAAUCUGUCAGGUGUGUUAUGUUAUAAAACAGUGCAAUAAAGCUGUUUCAAUUUUUGAAAA